AUGCUUCUGACGACCACUCUUCCUCUUCUCCCUCCCCCAUCAGCAUCUCUACUUCCACCUCUCACGCAUUCUUCCUCUGAAGUAUCCACGACCACACAAUCUUCAGGCCCACAUCAACAUCGUCGCCCAAAGCCACAUUCCUCAGCCGUCAGUCGGAACAGCACAUUGGUUGCCCUUGCUUCAGAUGAGCGCACCAUCGCGCAGCGAAAAUUGGCUAUCGCCACGUACGGCUAUGGCUGGUUGAAACCAGCAGGCUGUGCAAAGACAAUGCUGGGCAAGCGAGAAGAGGAAAUCGAGAGGGAAGAAGUAGAACGGCAGCUGAGGGAAGUCGAACUGCAAGAAAGGAUGGCACAAGAUCAAGAGAUGCAGGAUCGACUUGCUAACCUCGCGGAAACGGGUGAACCGGACGGAGACAGAGAUCUAGAUGAGGACAUCCCUGAUGCAGAUGGUAGAGAAGAAGUGGAUGAUCUCGAUGAAGGAGAUUCAGACCGAUACUCCGAUGGAGAAGAAGAGGAUGGCAUGGAAGGCGAUCUUGACGAUGAAAUUCCUGAUGCAGACGAAGGGGACGAAGAUGAGAUCAUGUCCCCUGACGCCGAUGACAUCGACGCAAAUUGGGUCUACGAUACGCGACGGGAGCCAGACACUGACGAGGAAGAGGGAGACGUCCCUUCCCCCGCCCAAAUCGCUCGACUCGGCAGAACUGCGGAUGCCAGCGCUGCAGGCGUCCGCGCUCCCGUUCCAGGGAGCGAGUACGACUACCACGAGCGCGAGGCUGAAGAUCUGGUAAAUGCAAUGCUUGAGGAGGAUGAGAUUUUCGAUGAUGGUGCGAGCGAGCACGAUCUUGAUGACGACGUCCCCGAACCUGAGUCAGAGCAGGCCUGGGAACACACCGACACAGAACUUGAGGAGAGUGAAAUGGAUAUUUCCAUCUUGCCUGGUCAGGGCCAGAUACAUCAGCCGAAUCUCGGCGUGCCCCGUCGCCGCUCUGGCCGUAUGACUGGCGGAUCAGGACGACGGAGUUCAGGACCAUGGAUCACUGGGCCGUCUCCUCGGACACAAGGACGCGCUGACCGCGAGAGGAUACAAUACAGCCGGCCGACACCUGAUCCCGACCACGCGGCUACACGGGCGAGGAUGCCGAGUGGCAACCGCCCGCUCCCUACCCCACGCCUACGCCAAUAUAUUCAAACGCCCAGCAUGCUCGAUAGUCCUCUUGACGCCGUCAACGAUACGGAUGCCGCAAGCGACGACAACGCCGAUCCAUUUGCUUCAUCUCAACCAAGGGCAAACACACGUACCUCUCACCGACGUGAUAUCAGUACCGGGAGCGCCAGCAACACAGGCCAGGCGCCAUCAGGCAGUGUAAAUGAUCCCAGAGAUGUUGUCGAGCACUCCACGCGUGCAACUACGGCAAGACCCUGGCUCGACGGUGCCGCCACUGCUGGUGGCAGCAGUGCCGGAAGGACCCUAUUUGGACGUGCUGCCAGGAGAGCGAAUCCCGCACCCGCUACUCAUUCUGCUUCGACAUCUACAACAGGGACAGCGAACGGCCCUACAAACGGAGCUGAAGCGUCGAGUAGCGGUGGCUUGUUCACUCCGUCCCCUGCUGUUGGCGCUGGCGCCGGAGGCGGCUCCUCUGCAAUAAACUGGGAAACACCGGUGAACCAUCGGAUGCGGAGCCGGAGUGGACGCUUGCUGGGCGGGAGGAGAAGGGGUGAAUAA